GGGCAUGGCUUUUGUGAAGUGGCUAAUAUUGCUUUGGGGCGUGGUUUUCCUGAAGGGGUUAACAUCACUUUGGGGUAUAUGCUUUCAUUAAGGGGCUAACAUCACUUCGGGGCAUAUAAUCUCCUUUACGGGCUAACAUCACUUUGGGGCAUGGCUUUUGUGAAGGGGCUAAUAUUGCUUUGGGGCGUGGUUUUCCUGAAGAGGCAAACAUCACUUUGGGGCAUGGCUUUUGUGAAGGGGCUAACAUCACUUUGGGGCAUGGCUUUCCUGAAGGGGCUAACAUCACUUUGGGGCAUGGCUUUUGUGAAGGGGCUAACAUCACUGGGGCAUGGCUUUCCUGAAGGGGCUAACAUCACUUUGGGGCAUGGCUUUUGUGAAGGGGCUAACAUCACUGGGGCAUUUUUUUCAUGAAGGGGCUCAGUACUCUGUAUUCUUGAAUGUCUCAGACUCCCAAUGCAAUUUUUCCAAGGCCACAGAGAAGAUUAACCAGGUUUUUGUGGGUGAUUUUCCUGAACAAGAUGCUGAAGUCAUGUUGAACUAUCACUAGGAUCACAAAACAGGCCUUGAAAAUCUCGGCAACAAUUAUAAGAGGGUUUUCACAUGGGUGUGCUGAGGGGAUGGUAUAUUUAGGAAUACGGACUUUGAUUUUCAGGUCCAAGGCUUCUGGGAAAGGUACAUUAAAUAUUGGGAGAACAUGGCCUAAGAAGAAGACCACCCACUGGAUGUCUUCGCUCAUCUCCACACAUGAACUGACUGUCUACUCCAUUGAUUUGCACUUCCUGGCUCCAGCACUGAGGUGAAAGGGCAAAGUGUCCCUUGUUCCCUCCAUCAUGGCUGAUCAGCAGGACCUCUACCCAGAGGCUUCAACAAUAAAACGCAGUGAAGUUGUUCGUGGCCUCAUCCAACGCACCUUUGCUGUGACAUUCAAUCAUUUGUCACGGCUACAAGGCAGGACCAUCGAACAGUUUUGUAAAGAUGCGAAUGUUUAUCACAUCAAAGAUUUUUUUAAAUAUGAGGAGAAAAGUAUCAUAAGAAAAGGCAAUAUUCCAGUGGAAACAUAUGAUGCUCACCUACUGCACAAGCUUCUGAAACAUUGCUGUGGCCUGACACAACAUCGUGACCCAGUAUGGCAGUCUGGAAGUGACACGAUAGAGUUGCUCAUAACCUGCUGUUGGACAGAGUAUAAGAGUCUGGGUGCAGCUUCAGAAAUGACAGACAGUACUUUAAACCAUCACAUGGAUGAGGUAUUGAAGAGUCUUGUUAGUAUUAUUGAGAAAGUGGAAGACCAGAAGAAAGUUGAUAUUAGUGAUUUAAAGUCUGAGUUGAUCAAGCACAUUGGGGAGAAGUUAGACAUGAACAAUGACCUUCCUAUUGCUCAUCAUAUAUACACCAUUUUCAGUCAGCAUUCAGUGCAUGUGAUGCUUAUUAUUGUCUAUCGGGAACUCAACAAUUUAAAAGGAACACCUCUCAGUACAUUCCUGAACUCUAAAGGGUAUUAUAUACCACCCCAAACUGUUUAUUCAAAUGAAAACGAGUUCCUAGAGCAAGAUCCCUCCCCCGAGAAUAUGUCUAUUAGUGUUCUUUACAAAGUGGUGCAGCGUGUUUGUUUCAGUUACAGCCGCCACCAAAGGAGGAAAGAAGCAGGUGCCCUUCAGUUAACACUCGAGAAGCUAACCGAAGAGUACAUCAGGCCACCAGCCAGUGAGGAGGAAUAUAGGGAAAAGAGUUACAAGAUUUAUAAACUUCUUGAAACUGCAUUAUUGGAAGUCACCAAGAAGAAGAGGGGCAUGAAAGCCCUUAAAAAAAUCAUCCAAGACUUACCCGCAGAGCCAUACGUUGUUAAAUCGUUCAGAAAACCAUAUGAGCUUCCAUGUAGCUCCAUGCAACCUGUUUCUGUGUCCCCAGCACCGAGUCCUCAUGGUCCCGUGCAGCCUGUUUCCACGCCCCCAACACCGACUCCUCACUUCUCAAACCAGUGUUCUGGAUCUGCCCUUCACGCUCCUUCGCAGGCCAUGGCUGCAGCAUCCACUACAGCUUCUGCUCCAAGCACCUUUACACAGGAACAGUUAAAUGUUGUUGUGCUUUUUUCAGUGCUGUGUCCUGAAGGGGUGGCUGUCGAGGUUCUGGCCUUUGUUUUCAGAGCUUUAAAGGGAAGUGUAGCCCGUGCUCUCAAAGAUUCCAAGAAAACUUUCACAACAGAUGAAAAAGAAAGACUUGGAAAGUGUCAGGACAACAUAGAUAGUUUAGCCAGUAAGGAUGUAACCUUGAUGGGCAAAUUGCUUAGGCGUGGGUGUGUCAGUCUCUCUGAUAACGACCGUGCCUGGGCAAUAUCAGAGCACACACUGGAGUCCUAUAUCAUUCGGGUUAAAAAUGAGAGAAACAACCUGUCACAUGAUGUGUCAGCCAUUGAAACAGCUGACCUGAACCAAACCCUGAAGACCAUUAAGACAUACCUAAACAUCAUCUUGGAAAUGACUGAGAAAAAAUUAGACAAAAUGGAUAGUGAUAUGAAGAAGGACCUCCAGAGAAAAAAGGAUGAAGUAAACUCUAAAAUGAAUGAAAUUGCACAAUCUACACCACACGCCAAGUACUACUGGACCAUGGAAAAGCUGAAGGAGGAUAUGACUGGUAAAAUCAAGCGUGAUGCCAGAAUGGAGUUGCAGAAACCUCAUUUGUGCCGAGAAAACCUCUUGAACAUGUCACCUCUUAGUGGCAAUGAUGACACACAGCAAUCCUUGACCACUAAAGAUGUCUAUGUGAACAGGGAAUUUGAGGACAUGAGUGACAUAAAGGCUGAGGGCUCUUGGCAGAUGAAGGACAUUCUAUUCUGCCAGGGUAAUGAUCUCGCUUCCUCCAGAGUAUUUGUGAUCCAUGGGGGACAUGGAGAAGGGAAAACCUCAGUAUGCAAGCAUGCCUACCACCUCUGGUCUGAAAAUUUGGACGAGUCAUCAAAAAAGGGAGUGGAGUUACUUAUCUAUAUUCCGUGCAGAUUUGUUACAACCAAGAGCAUUUCAUCCUACCUGAAAGAGAGGCUUCCAAAGACUUUUAGUCAUAUAGAGAAAGAUGAUAUUAUUCCCCUUAUGCAAGAGGUGAGUGUUGUAUUUGUGAUUGAUGGCUUUGAUGAGGCUGGAGGGGAGGCAAAGAGUCUUACUGAUGACAUUCUCACCUCACUGCCUGACAGCAAAGUGAUCAUCACCACAAAGACCCAGUGGCUCUCCAAGUUGAAGUAUAGGGUGAAGCGCGUCACCUCGUGCUUCAAGGUUCUCACCAUGGUGGAGGUGACAGACAACAUGCGCCAGGAGUUCAUCAGAAAAAUCUUCAAGGCUGUGGGAACAAACAUUAAUUGUGAUGAAUUUCUCGAAUAUCUCAAUGAAGUGAAAGAAAAAAAUUAUGCUCUAAUUUGCAGGCCCCUCACAUUCUGUCUCCUGGCCCAGCUUUGGAUAAAAAAUCCUAAAAAAGCCAAAGGGAUCAAAACAUUAACUCAGCUGUACUACACCCUGUAUGACUUAAUCCUUGAAAGAGUUAGUGAAAAGCUUGAUAAGAACAAGUUUGUUUUUCAAGAAUGGAUGAUAAUACUUGGGAAGAUAGCAUGGGAUAACCUCAAGAAUAAUCAGCAUCACCUUAACAACUAUGACCUGACGACCCUGAUGAAAAGGGCAUCAGGGUUAGAGCCGGAUGAUAAUGAGCGUAUCCUUUCAAGCCUCCUCCAGUGUGACGAGGACCAGGACAGUCUGAGUGAUGCAAAGAGAUGGACUUUCAUGAUCACUAGUCAGCAGGAAUAUUUUGCUGCUGUGUAUAUAGUUGAUUGCAUCAUAGAGAAAAACUCACCUCUCAGGGAAAUGCUUGAACUCACUACUGAAGAACAAGAUGAUAAGUACAAGAAAAAAUUGCAGAGGUUAUUGCCAGUUAUAAAGUUUGUUUGUGGACUUAUAGCAAUAUAUGAGAAACUGACAAAAGACAAAGUUAAGGAGAUAGCUGAGUUAAUGUCAGUAAGAGAGCCCUGGGCCUUCAUGGCAGUAACAAGUACGUUUGAACCCUUGCUUAAAAAGCCAGGAGUGGAACAGAUCGUCAAGACUCUAUUCAUGAAUCAGGAGAUGAGUACCUUUGAGAACUAUGACCCCCUAAGUAUUGUGUGGGUACUGAAACACACCUCUUUGACUGUUCUGAAUCCAGUCACUCUCAGAAACACAGUGAGUGAACUCCCAAAUGUGGAACAGUUACUGAAAUUCUUCAUGAAGUCCAACUCCAAAUCCUACUCUGUAAAAGUCAUGGUGGAUGUCGACAAAGUUAGCAAUAUCUCUCCCUCGGCUGUGUCUGUUGCAAGCAUGAAACACAAGGACAUAAUGUUUACAUUUAUACCCCAGAAGCCGCUGUGCAUUGCUCAGCUGUUGCAACACUGGGUCUGGUCCAGCCCUCUCUGCCUCUUCCUCUGUCCUGAGGUAUUUCCUUUAUUGUGGUGGCAGUUAUUGAUCUAUCUGUUGUACCUUGACUGCAAAGUAACCAAGAUUGAGUAUAAUCUAACUGACCUGAAGUACAAGGAGAUGGUGGAUAAGGGAGCACAAUGGUUUAAUGCAGUGACUGGCCCAGGCUCCAUGUUGGCACCUUCAGAGUUACUUAUUUAUUUUGCUAAUGGAGUGAGAGGAUAAGCCAUGCCAGACAGUGUGACUGCCAGACUCAUUGAUGGUAGCAUCUGACUUAACUGUGUAACAGAUUGCUAACCUAACUAAUGAGUCCAUGUUCUCUGAGAGGUGACAUUGGUAUGAGGCAUUUAAUAAAGCAUGAGUUAUCUUGCAACCAUCCAGGGUUUUUUCCAAUACUAUUCAUUGUAAAAUUUAUGGAUGUUUUAGCAGCACAGAGUGGAAUAGUGGAUUUGCUUUCAGUAGACCAAAAGACCUAUCAGAAACAAAGUGAUUUUACUUUUUUAGUUUGCUAAGUGCUUAGGUUUGGUACUCUUCAAAGCAAACCCACCCUUGAUCAGAGACACUGAGGCCUGUAUGCUCAGAUGCUUUGGGCUCUCAGCAACUAUUCCCUGAGGCUACAAAGGACAUUAGUCAGGUUCUUGCGAGUGUUUGUUUCAUAUUCAUAGUGUAGAAGCCUUGUCAAAUUAUCACAAGGCUCAUAAAACUGCCCAAGGAACACCCACAACCGCCAUGACAGCCUCAUUAAGUGUGGGUGUGUAAGCCCCGCAGUGUUUGAGUAUAUGGGCCAGUGCCGUCGUUAGCCUUGGGCUUCCAGGGCUUGAGCCCCAAACCUUUUUUCACCCCCGGGCCCCGUGCCCCCGUCCCUCCAAAAAAUAAUAAAUAAAUAUUCUCCACAUAAAAAAAAAAACACUGCUGAGCGCCAAGUGGUGAGAGAGACAGUGUGGACUGGACAUUCGGCACUGCAAGAGGUUCCAAGUUCCAACACAUGUCUCAAGUAAGAUUUGUCAAACAAACAGUCCUAGAAAAUAUACAAUUUCAACUGUGGUGAUGUUAAUUUAUACUAGUACUUCCUAAAUGUCUUUUUUUCCUGGUAUAUAUUGUUGAUACUGUAUGUCCACUGUUUGAAUGGAGCUGAUGUUAUUGAUGUAGUUCAUACUAAAGAUUACAUUUUGAAGCCAUACACCAGUAGUUUGAGCAGUUUAUAGUUUACUGUGCAAUCUGGGAGUGUAGCUGUAUGUGCUUGGUGGUGAACGCAAACAGGUCCCCCACACACACACACAUGCACACACACACUUUUUUUUUUUUUUUUUUUUUUUUUUCCUCACUGUAAACUUCAGCCCCUGAUGUUUUUCUCUUAGCCCUGAAUGUUUUUUAACCCUAGAAUCGCUCCUGAUAUGGGCCUAACUUACAUCCUUUUUGAGCCAGUCACUGCUGCCUAGCCCUUCAUGCCAGUGAGUGCUGUAAUGUUCCAUGAUAGUGCCUCAGCAAUACAGAGGCUCAUGUUUAUGUAUUUCCUUUUCAUGUGGCAAAGAAACCUUGAUCAUUUACGUCUGAAUUGAGCACAGUCAUCCAUGAAGAGUAGUAUUUUCCUGUUGACAAUUAGCCCUGUAGCAGUAGUGACAGGCCAAAUUUGUGGCUUUACCGUGUAGCAGCGACGGGCCAAAUUUAUGCCAUGAUAUAAACCCCCCAAAAUAGAUGAUACAUAAUCUGAUCACAAAUGCCUUGAUAUAUAUUAUGAUAUGGUUUGUGUGAGGGGUGAUUUUUUUCUCAUUUUUCUCGCUUAGAGGGACCAUUAAGAAACAUGAUCCCCGCUGCUACCGGAUUAAACACAGUGCCUUAAUUAUUUUCAUUACACCUUUGCCAUGUUGCAUCCUGAAGAGAAUUUAUUUAUUAACUAAUGAAUAAAGUUUUUUCAGUGAGGGAAAAUGGUGCUCUUACGGUUUGUAUGACUUGACUUGGAAUGUUACUUUUUCAAGCUAUGAUUUAAGAGUGUAUCUUGUUCAAACUGUCAGAAGUACAAAUACCUUGUGUGAGGUGCAAUAAAAUGUGUUAAAAUGUAAGCUAAAACAUAUGAAUAGUAUGGGGAGGCGGUGGCUGAAUGGAUAGCGUGACGGCGCCAUGUUCAGGAUGACGCGAGUUCAAUACCACCAAGCUGGGAUUUUUCAGCCGCUGCCGAGUGGCUUAAAACUACCCACAUGAAACUACCCACAUGCUGUCCAGAAGACCACCUAUCAACCCGGACUCUAGAUUCUAGGAUUAAAGAUGAGCUCCGGGAGGGUAGCAUGAGCCAAUGCAAGAUGGCGCCACUAUAAACACUCACCUGCGUCAGAACGGGCUGGGCCGACCAUCAGGCCCCACCGGGAAGAAGCCUUGGGCCAACCAUCAGGAUCCACAGGGAAGAAGCCUACCAGCGCAAUAGGGCACGACGUAAAAAAAAAAUAUAUAUAUAUAUAUAUAUAUAUAUAUAUAUAUGAGGAGGCAUGAUCUUUUAUAUUUAUAUAUUUUUUUAUCUUUUAUAUUUAGACCUUCAUAUCCCAUGUUCAUGUUUACACACACACACACACACCAAGGUAAUUUUUUGAUUGAGUGAUAAUUAAUCCUUCAAAAGAAUUGGUGCUUUGGAGAAAAGUAACAUUGCAUAAUUCAGAAUCCCUGAAUAUAAUGUGUAUAUUGCUAUCUAUGUAUAUUUUUUUUCCCUUGAGCUGCUUCCUUUACUGUAAAAAACUAUAUGUAUAUUUUAUAAAAUCAAAUUAUAGAUGGAUAAAGAUGCAUGGAUUAUAUUUUUGAGCAGUGAUUGUUGUUUAGCCUGUGCAUCCCCAUUUAAGCCCACGCUGGCAAACUCUGAAACAAUCUUCCUUCAUCUGUAUUUCCUCCUGCCUCCGACUUGAACUUGAAAGAACUCUUUGAAGAGGAGAGUACUAGGACACCUCUCCUGAAACUGGCCUCUCUUUUGGCCACUCCUCUGAACUCUUUUUUACAGGAGCAGUGAUUAACGGGCUUUUUUAUUAUUAUUAUUAUUAUUGUUUCCUUUUUUUGCCCUUGACCUGUUUCCUUUGCUGUAAAAAAAAAGUAAUUAGAUAUUCUUGAUAUAUAUAUAUAUAUAUAUAUAUAUAUAUAUAUAUAUAUAUAUAUAUAUAUAUAUAUAUAUAUAUAUAUAUAUAUAUAUAUAUAUAUAUAUAUAUAUAUAUAUAUAUAUAUAUAUAUAUAUAUAUGUAGAUUCUCGAUAUAUACCUAUAUGUAUUUGUGUGUGUGUGUGUAUUUACCUAUUUGUAGUAAACAGGAUCUAAGCUCAAGGCCAGAUAGUCCUGACUCCCAAUCUAUAUUUGUCCAAUUUUUCCUUGAUUUUAUGAACACUGCCCGCUUCAACAAUGUCUUUGUUUAGUCCGUUCCAUGUAUCCACACUCCUGUAUGGAAAACUGUACAUCUUUAAGUCUUUCAAACAAGUCCCUUUAGCGACUUCUUGCUGUGUUCUCUUAGUUGCCUCCUCCCUUGUAUCUCGAUUAAAUCAUUUCUGUCCAAUAUGUCCAUUCCACUUGUAUUCCUGUACAAUGUUAUCAGGUCUCCUCUUUCUUCAAGUGUUGGUAGGCACAGUUCCUCCAGUCCAGUUUUCAAUGAGACUUGAAAGUUCUGGUACCAUCUUAGUUGCACCCCUUUGAAUCCUAUUAAGUUUCUUUAUAACUUUUCCCUGUGUGGUGACCAAACACCUGCUGCAUACCGUAACCUUGGUCUAAUCAAUGUUGUUAUUAUUUUCUUCAUCAUGUCCCCAUCUGAGUAGUGAAAUGCCACUAAUAUUUUGCACCAAACUGUAUGUCUCUCCAAAUAUCUUGUUUAUCUGUUUCUCAGGUGUCAGUGUAUCUUGUAUUAUAAUUCCUAAGUCUUUUUCUUCAUUCACUGUGUCGAUGAUUGUCCCUCCCAUCCUAUAUCCUCCACAUGGUCUGUUUUUACUUUUCCAGUUUUCCUUGCGUUAAAAUACAUUUCCUAUUUUUUAAUCCAUUCAUGUAUCUCAUUUAAAUAUCAUGUAGUUUAUGAUAUCAUCUCUUGUUUUUCUAAGCAGGUUGGCGUCAUCUGCAAACACACAUAUUAUUCAUUACUUUUUCUGACAUCUUUUAUAUAUAUUAAAAACAUUAUUGGCAUUAACACUGAUCCCUGUGGCACUCCACUUGUGACCUUUCUCCAAUCCGAUUUUUCAUCUUUCAACAUGGUUCUCAUUUCUCUGUUUGCCAGGUAAUUUUUCAUCCAGUCUGUCAUUCUUCUCCCUAAUCCUCCUCUAUGUUCUAGUUUCCACAGCAAUCUUUUGUGUAACUUUAUCGAAUGCCUUUUUUAGGUCCAAAAAUAAGCAGUCUGCCUCACCCACUGUCUUUUAAUUACCUUCUCACACAGUUUGCACAUAACACUUGUUAGAGAAACUGGUCUAUAGUUCAGAUGCUCAUGUUUCCACUCAUAUAAUGAACCAGACCACGUUAUAUGUGUGUGUUUAUACAUAGAAUGAAGAAAAAAAUUCCAUAAUUGAAUAAAGCUGUGUUGAAUAAA